UACGGAAUAUCAAUUACACUCAUAAAUCUAGUUUUUGAUGGGCUUUAACCUGGUAUAAAUACUUUCUGAUAUUAUCUGUCCUUUAGGUCGUGUAGGGGGGGAGAAAAAGGUUAUGUUACACCGUGUAGUGUUUCCAAGUUGUUUUUAUCUAAUAUUAAAAAAUUCACGACUCAUUCAAAAAACAUCAGACCUAGCUAAAAACUAUUUGGUCUACGGUAUUUAGGAUAUUCUGUAUCCUAUUGAUGACAAAUAAUUUUAUAAAAUCCUAUGGUCCUUCCAAAAUGUUUCUAGAAGAUCGUCGAACAAUAAUAUGGUUCUUCAAUUUUCUUGAUCGUAUUAUCACGUUCAGUGCACAAAAUCAACCGUAUCCUGUAGUUUUUAGCUGUUUCUGAGCAAAUUGUGAAUUUUUCAAUAUUAAUUAGGAAUAAUCCUACAAAAAAAUCCUACUCAAAAAGAUUUCGAAACUUGUCUUGCUCAACGAAAGAUGUCCCGCAGUCUCUCUUCUAUCAAGCGGCAAAAGCCACAGGUCUACGUAACUUUUCGUUGAAAAACUAUUAAAAAUACAGCGAGCUCCAUUUCUAUUUUGAAAUGAUAGUAGCAAUGUUCACCUGUUUAGGCUAUUUUAUAUGUCAACUAUUAUGAGAAUACUGAUGUAUAGUUUAUUUUCGUUUAAGAAAAAGAAUAUUUUCCCAUUGGAUUUCGAUUAUUUCUUUUCUUUUAGUGCGCCAGGCACAACAAAAGUAUUUAAUGGCUGCACAUGAAAUUAUCGAAAAUUGUUGUUCUCAAUUAAACAAUGAAUGGCCAUCGAAACAAACAAAUGAAUUGAAGGCUGACCAAAACAAUAAUGAUAAUAAUGUUAGCUUUGAAAUGGAGAACGAGCCAUAUGAAGAACAGCAACCAGAACUAAAAGAAAACGACUCAUAUAACGAAAAUGGAGAAAAACACGAGAAUUAUACUGAUGGACAAGAAGAGAAAAAUGAAGGAGAGACAUAG